AUGGCUAAGCGGAUACAGGGCAAACAUAUCAAACAUAGUGCUCAGACGACACGGUUAACUGAAACUCAAUUUAAUUCAACUUUUCUCGUCAAAUCAUCAACGCCAUUCAUCUCAGCCAUCAAACGAAUUAAUAAACAAUUGACCAAAUUUGCCAAACAACAAGGAAGCCAGCGUAAAUUCCAAAAUGAUCAGUAUAAGAAAGUCAAAUACAUUGCCGUAAAAGGAAUGGGAAGGACUAUUGAAAAGACAUUGAAAUUGGCUAUGCAUUUUCAACUGCAAGGAUAUAAAGUGGAUAUAUUGACUGGAAGUGUACAAGUAUUGGAUGAAUUUGAGAAAAGAGUGGAGCUGUUUAAUCCUGAUUCUAUUCUUGCUGCUGAAAUGGAUUAUGAGACUGAGUAUAAGAAGCGUAUGGUUAGUUCAGUGGAAGCAAGAGUGUGGUUACAAAGAGAGUAG